UCUGACUGUGAGUCUUCAACUUUGAGGCGGGCAUGAAUUGAAAAUAGUUGGCACUGCUAUUGCCGAACAGCAAAAUUCCUAUACUUCAUUGAUUCGAUUCUGCCUCAGAAUACUAUCCUCUGAUCCUUAUAAAACGGAAGUAUGGCUGUUCCUCGAGAAGUCGAGUUUGACUUAGUCCGGAACCUCUGGGUCACUGACUACGUGACCCUUUGCAAUGGUACUUCUUUGCAACGGUCCUUCAUCACUGCCCACGUGUUUAUAUACCUCGGCUAUGAGUUCGAUCGCUGGGAUGGGGUAGUUGCAAAAUGGAGAAAUGAAUGCUCUGAAAUGGGUAAACAGCUCGAUAGCCUCUCGGACUUGAUCAAAUUUGGUGUGGCACCAACCAUAAUGUUGUACUCUAUUGGAUUUCGCACACCGGUGGAUCAAGUUGUGUUGAUAUUCUAUGUGGUCUGCGGUGUCUCUCGAUUAGCAAGAUUCAACAUCACUGCAGAUCUGAUACCGAAGGACGCGCACGGCAAGGCACUCUACUAUGAAGGGAUUAUUAUUCCAUAUGCAGCAUUGGGUGUAUCGACAGCCGUGGCUGUCUGUGCGUGGAUGGACUGGACAUCGGAAUAUGUUCUCUUUCAGGCUUUCUUCCGAGCAACCUGGUGCGAAUUCCACCCGGCAAUAGUUCCUGUGAUCGCCGUCGGUACUAGCAUGGUGAGCAAGCGGUUGAAGCCGCCGGCAGUUGGGACGUUUGUAAUACCGGCUAUGACUGUAGUUGUCUUUGCUAGCUGUUGGUCGCUUUCGCCACCACAGCUUUAAAAUAACGAUGGGAACGCGCUUUUCAGUUACAUUAUUCGGAUGUUUUAGUAGCCCUGAUGGAGUCUUUAUUAGUAACUAUCCUCUCAAGCUAGCAGUGU